AUGAUUACCUGGCGCUCUCUAGCUCGUACCUCCCAGUUCAACCUCCCAGUCCCCAAAGGCUACUUAGUGACCACCCCCGAAGAAGCCGAAGAUGUCGUCUUCAACAUCAACGCACCAUCCGUCAUAAAAGCCCAAAUCCUAGCCGGCGGCCGGGGCAAAGGAACCUUCGACAGCGACCAAAAAGGCGGAGUCCGUAUCGUUAAAUCACCACGCGAAGCAUACCAAUCAGCCCUAAACAUGCUAAACCACAACCUAACAACAAAACAAACACCCCCCUCCGGCCUCCCAGUUCACAAACUCUACAUCUACAAAGCAGUAGACAUCACACACGAGUACUACCUAGCCAUAACCUUCGAUCGAAAGCGCAGCUCACCCAUUAUCCUGAUAUCUGAUUCCGGGGGCGUGGAUAUUGAGACGAGCAAUAGGCUGCAUCAGCUUUGGUUCCAGCUUGAUACUGGAAUCACGCCAGAAAUCGAUGCUUAUAUUCAGGCUGAGUUGGGGUUUUCGGAUUCUGAAAUGGUGGGGAUUCAUAAGAUGCUGUGUGAUAUGGUACGAUUGUUUCGGGAGAAGGAUGCGACGUUGUUGGAGUUGAAUCCGCUUGUGAGGACUGAGGAGGGGUUUGUUUGUAUUGAUGCGAAGUUCGAGUUUGAUAACUCGGCUAGGUUCAGACAAGAUGAUAUUUUUGCUUGUGAGGAGGGUGAGGGGGUGGAAGUGAAGGAGGUGAAGGAGGCUGAGAAGUUGGGGUUGUCGUAUGUGAAGCUUGAUGGGAAUAUUGGGAAUAUUGUGAAUGGGGCUGGAUUGGCGAUGGCGACUAAUGAUUUGAUUACGUUGGUGGGAGGGAGUUGUGCGAAUUUCUUGGAUGUUGGGGGUGGUGCGACGAGGGAAGGUCUGGUGAAGGCGUUUAGGAUCUUGUGGGGAGAUGAGAGGGUGAAAGGGGUUUUGAUCAACAUCUAUGGUGGCAUCGUGCGGUGUGAUAUGAUCGCUGAGUCGAUUAUCGCUGCUGCUAAAGAUAUUGGAGGGUUUAAGAUGCCGGUGGUUGUGAGGUUGCAGGGGACCAAUGCCGAGAAAGGGCUUAAGUUGAUUGAGGAAUCCGGAUUGGAAAACUUGGUCGUCGAAGCUGACUUUGAGAAAGCUGCUCAACUCAUCGUUGAACACACUCCAAAGUUUGAAUGA